CUAAUAGCUGAUAUAGCUGUCAAGUGUCAUUCCUUAGAGCAUGUGUUGCCGGUUUUGUUCGUUUGUUGUGGUAAAACGGUGAUGUGGUUAUGUUCUUCGUUUUAAAGAAAAUUAACCAUAGGCUUACUCAUACUGUUGUCAAUAAUAUAAGCUAUGGUCUUUGUUCUUUUAUAAUAAGAGUUCUUUGACCAUGGGAGAGAUCAACAAAAGGCAGAAUGAUUGGGAUUCUGCUUCAAAGGGUUCGCGAGAUCCCGUCAAAACUCUAGAGGAUAAAUGGAAAUUGGUUCCAUCCUUUUUACAAGUCAAAGGCUUAGUGAAGCAACACAUUGACUCCUUCAACUAUUUUAUCAAUGUGGAAAUUAAGAAAAUAGUCCAAGCUAAUGAGAAAGUGUUUUGUGAUUCUGACCCUUUGUUUUACAUAAAAUAUUUAAAUGCUUAUGUUGGGACUCCAGAUUUAGAAGAAGGUUAUAAUGUGACCAAGCCAACUACUCCUCAUGAGUGUAGGCUUAGAGAUAUGACCUAUUCAGCACCCAUCACUGUGGAUAUAGAGUAUAUAAGGGGCAAUCAAAGAGUAAUUAAGAAUAAACAACUCAUUGGAAGGAUGCCGUUGAUGUUACGUUCAUCAAAUUGUGUGCUAACUAACAAGUCCGAUUUUGAGCUAGCACAGCUAAAUGAAUGUCCACAUGACCCAGGCGGUUAUUUUAUUAUUAGAGGUCAAGAGAAAGUUAUAUUAAUUCAAGAACAGUUGUCAAGGAAUCGGAUGAUUGUUGAUGAAUUUAAAGGAGCCAUACAAUGCCAAGUAACUAGUUCCACUCACGAGAAGAAAACUAGAACCAAUGUUAUUGUGAAAAACAGCAAAUAUGUUUUAAGACACAAUGCUUUGUCUGAUGACAUUCCUAUUGCAGUAGCCUUUAAAGCUAUGGGUAUAUGUAGUGACCAAGAGAUCAUGCAGCUUAUUGGAACUGAUGACACAUCUUUGAAAAAGAUGGCACCCUGCAUCAUGGAUUGUCACAAUCUGAAAAUAUUCACUCAGAAUCAAGCUCUAGCAUAUAUUGGAACUAAACUUAAAGUCAAAAGGUUUCAGUCAGGUGGUGCUAAAGUUCGAACUCCCGUCGAUGAGGCUCGCGACCUUCUGGCUACAACAAUCCUUGCUCAUGUUGUAGUUGAAAACUAUAACUUCUAUGUGAAAGCAAUUUAUUUAGCUAUUAUGGUGAAAAGAGUCAUUGAAGCUGAGACCAACAAAGCUGCCAUAGAUGACCCUGACUACUAUGGAAAUAAGCGACUUGAAUUAGCAGGCUCUUUGCUUGCUUUGAUGUUCGAAGAUCUCUUUAAAAGGUUCAAUUGGGAAUUAAAAUCGAUAGCCGAUAAAAUAAUACCAAAAGUUAAAGCAGCACCUUUUGAUGUUGUGAAGCACAUGAGGCCGGAUUUAAUAGCUAACGGGCUGUUUGCCGCCAUUUCUUCCGGAAAUUGGACUAUCAAAAGAUUUAAAAUGGAAAGGCAUGGGGUCACACAAGUUUUAAGUCGUCUUAGUUAUAUUUCCGCUUUGGGUAUGAUGACUCGUGUGAACUCUCAGUUUGAAAAGACUAGAAAAGUAUCCGGGCCUCGGUCCCUACAGCCUUCGCAGUGGGGCAUGCUGUGUCCGUCCGACACCCCUGAAGGUGAAGCUUGCGGUCUCGUAAAGAACCUUGCGCUCAUGACACAUAUUACUACGGAGUGUUCGGAAGAACCUAUAGCGAGGCUGGCACGUAAUGCUGGCGUUGAAGAUGUAAGACUUUUGGGUGGCGAGGAAAUUAAUCAUCCUGCUGUUUACGUCGUAUUUCUUAAUGGUAACAUACUGGGGGUUUCGAGGCAGUACAAAAGGCUUAUAAAAGUGUUCCGGAUGUUCAGGCGCCGCGGUCUUAUAUCGUCUUUUGUAUCAAUUUACCCAAAUCAUAAUCAGAGGACAGUUUACAUUUGCAGCGACGGUGGUCGACUCUGUAGACCGUAUAUUAUUGUAGAAAAAGGCUACCCAUUAGUACAACAGUUUCAUAUCAAUGAACUCAAUAGAGGAUUAAGAAAAUUUCAAGAUUUCUUAUGUGACGGUCUUAUCGAAUAUUUAGAUGUAAAUGAGGAAAAUGACAGUCAUAUUGCUACUCUUGAAACUGAAAUAGAUCCCUAUGUAACCACUCACUUGGAAAUCGAACCUUUCACUAUUUUGGGCGUUUGUGCCGGGCUGGUCCCGUACCCCCAUCAUAACCAGAGUCCUAGGAACACCUACCAAUGUGCUAUGGGUAAACAAGCUAUGGGCACUAUUGGAUAUAACCAAAAAAAUAGAAUAGAUACACUUAUGUAUAAUUUAGUUUACCCUCAAUGUCCAAUGGUGAAAACGCGCACCAUAGAAUUAACGAAUUUUGAUAAACUGCCAGCUGGACAAAACGCUACAGUUGCAGUUAUGAGCUACAGCGGUUACGAUAUUGAAGAUGCUUUGAUCCUCAACCGAGCAUCUAUCGACCGAGGAUAUGGCCGAUGUCUCGUUUACAAAAGUGCAAAAACAACAAUGAAGAGAUAUAGUAACCAAACUUCAGACAGAAUCUUGGGGCCUUCAAAAGAUGCUGCCACUGGUAAAGUUAUAAAACCGCACGACAUUCUUGACACGGACGGUAUAGCUGCUCCCGGGGAGAUGGUUGAGAAUAGACAAGUAUUAAUUAACAAACAAAUGCCACCUGCUACCUUGAACCCUGUCACCCAAGGCCAACCGCAACAAGUGGACUACAAGGACGUCCCUAUUACGUAUAAGGGUCCUGUUGAAUCUUACAUUGAGAAAGUUAUGGUGUCAUCGAACUCUGAAGACGCAUUUCUUAUCAAAAUAUUGCUGCGACAAACAAGAAUUCCCGAGAUCGGUGACAAGUUUAGUUCACGACACGGCCAGAAAGGUGUAACCGGCUUGAUUGUACAGCAAGAAGAUAUGCCAUUUAAUGAUCGAGGUAUCUGUCCUGAUAUGAUUAUGAACCCACACGGAUUUCCUUCAAGAAUGACAGUUGGGAAAACGAUCGAACUGUUAGCAGGAAAAGCUGGCCUUAUGGAAGGAAAAUUUCACUAUGGUACUGCAUUUGGCGGUUCCAAGGUCCGAGAUGUAUGCGCAGAGUUAGAAAAACAUGGAUAUAACUAUCAUGGCAAGGAUAUUUUUUACUCGGGUAUAACUGGAGAGCCUCUGGAAGCGUAUAUUUAUUCUGGUCCAGUAUAUUAUCAAAAACUUAAACAUAUGGUUCAAGACAAAAUGCACGCUCGUGCUAGAGGACCCCGAGCUGUCCUCACUCGGCAGCCAACUGAAGGCCGAUCGCGAGAUGGUGGCUUGCGACUCGGAGAGAUGGAACGAGAUUGUCUCAUUGGAUAUGGCGCAAGUAUGCUGCUGAUGGAGCGUUUGAUGCUGGCGUCGGACGCUUUCAGUGCAGACAUCUGCGGCGCAUGCGGUCGGCUGGCGAGCCGCGCCUGGUGCCACGCCUGCCACUCGUCUGCCGCUGUCGCCAGCGUCGAGAUGCCCUACGCCUGCAAACUGCUCUUCCAAGAACUAGCCUCCAUGAACAUUGUCCCCAAGCUCACUCUUAACUCUUUGCCAGUCUUGUCAGCUAAGUAAAUUGAUAUUAUGCUCCAUCCGUUGAGGCACUUAACAAAGUUAAUCUCGGUAUGUCUUUUAUACAAACACAUUAAAUAAACAAACGAAUGGGCUAUUUCAUUUCAGUUGUGUAUUUGAUUUAGUAAUAAGGUUGUUUUACAAUCGUUAUAGUCGAGUUGUCUUGUUUCAUUUAAAAUUUUAGACAAGUUACACACUAUGAUCAUAACCUUUUUCAAAUGUGUAAAUACAUGGGGUUAAUACACAGAUUGUACGGUAAAUGUCCCUCAUAAAUAAUGCAACUGUUACAGAGCAGAUACUCAUAAGAUAGAAGUAGCUUGCUUACAGAUGUUUUGUUUUUGUAAUGGAAUUGAUAAGCUUAAUAUUAAACUGUAUUAUUUACCAUUAUAAUUCUGAAUUAUAUUCGUAAGUACGGAA